AUGGCCGCUCCCGGUCAGCCCAGUCCGCAGCAGAUGGCGGCCAUGCAACAACAGUUCGCCGCCGAGGCCGCCAAACGAGGGAUGACUCCGGAACAGUUCGCUCAGAAGCAGCGCGAACAGUUGACCGCAGAUGCUGCGAAACUUGGAUUGACGCCAGAGCAGUAUGUAGCGCAGUUGCGAAUGCGGGCGCUCCAGGCGCAUCAGAAGCAGAUGGAAGCACAGCGGCAGGCUCAAGGAUCACCACAGCCUGGACAGGAUCAGCAGCAACAGCAACAGCAAGGACAGCAACAGGGAAAUCCUCAGCAGCAGCCACAGCCGCAGCAGCAAACACACCAGGUGCCCGUUCAACCAGGCCAACCGGCGGAUCCCAAGGCCCUCGCCGUGGCCAACUUCCUUCGGUCGCAGAACCUCAAGCCUCGAACUUGUAUCUUGGAUGGACAGCGGAAGGAUAUGUUCAAAGUGAAGCGAGCUAUUCGCGCCAUCGAGUCCCCUGCCUACGCCAAGGCCGCCGCAAAGAAGAACUCCCUUCUCCCCCCAGUGACAGACCGUGCCUCUGCUGAGAAUGUAUUCAAGCUGCUCCCGCUGUCUCUGUUGGCGCUACGAGUCAGUAAGGUCGAUCCGCAUGCGGGGCACAACCACGCCAAACCCAAGAACCGAGUUAAAGGGCAAUGGACCGUGAAAAUUGAGCAGCAUCAGGAAACAGAUCCGAUGAUGCACUAUGUAUGGCUGUAUGAUGGUCCCCAAUGGAAACAGAAGGCCAUGGCUGCUGCCGUUGUCGCCGGUAUUUUUGCCGUUGUGCUGUUCCCUCUUUGGCCCAUUAUGCUGCGUCAAGGCGUGUGGUACCUCAGUGUGGGUAUGAUGGGCCUUCUCGGCCUGUUCUUCGCCAUGUCUAUUUUCCGUCUGAUUCUGUUCUGCAUCACUGUGUUUGCUGUGCCCCCAGGUCUUUGGUUGUUCCCCAAUUUGUUCGAGGAUGUCGGCUUCUUCGACAGCUUCAAGCCCGUGUGGGGCUGGCAGGAGAGCAAGAAGAAGAAGAGCAAGAAGACCAAGUCCGUCCCCGGUGUGGCCGAAGCCGCAUCACCAGACGCCGCUCCAAGCGCGACGACCACCUCUGCCGAACCUGCAGCCACUUCGAGUGCGACACCAGUGAAACGGGACUUGACUCCGCGCGUGGAAGAGGUGGAGGAGUAG